AUGAUUACAAGUCCUCAAUGGCGCCCUUCCACCUCCGUCUGGGCUUGUUUUUCCGGCAAAGGAAGGCGAGACCGAAAGCCUUCAAGAAGUGAUGCACGUAGUACGACGGCAAUGGCCAACACCAAAAGAACCGCUCACGACAGAUCAGAAAUUCUCCUUCAAGUCUCCUUGGCUUUGGAAGUUCAGAGGGGCGAAUUAUUUUGUCAGACCGCUGGCGUCCUUCUUCACGGGCUCUUUAUCCCUGCUGGACUUCGGUUGCAAAACCUGUUUAGAGUGCUGAAGAUUGGGAUCCUUCUCAUCGCCGUGGGUACGGGAGCAGCUGCCUUCGCUGGCCACCUUCAAGAAGGCGUUUCGCGCCUGCACAACUUUGAUUCGUGGCAAACAGUCUGGCAAGGUUCCAGAGGAGGCGGGAGCGUCAUCUGCACAUGCUUAUACCAGGUGAUCUGGUCAUACACGGGGUUCAGCAUCGUCAACUAUACCCUUCCAGAGGUACAAGAAUCCAGCUCGUACGCUCUGGAUAGCCAGGCCCUUGGCUAUUUGGUUGUGGCCAUCUUAUACGUCUUGUACAAUCUCUUCUACCUCGCUGCUGCAAGUAAGGAGGAAAUCACUGGUUUUGGUGGCCUCGUGGUCUUGCUACUGUUCAAGAACGUUUGGGGCUUGAGGACGGAGCGCUUGUUGUCGGGUUUGUGGCUCUGUCGGCCUUGA